AUGGAAGCAGAGGAGGAGGAACCUCGUGAUCAGGCGCCGAUGGAGGAGCCAAAACCUGUGGCGGUGGAGGCGAAGAAGCCUAAGAAGAAAGCGAGCCCCGGCAUGAAGGCGAAAAAGGCCAAGAAGGCGGCCAAGCUUGCCGUGCAAUCGCUGGAGACGUACAGCGGCGACAGCGCCUACCGCUUCCUCUUCGACUGCAUCGCCCAGCUCUUCGCCGAUCUCCUCGCCGCCGACCUCGACCAGCUCUCCCAAGGCGGCGGCGGCGGCGGCAGGCGGGCGAAGAUCGGGCUCGCGGCCAAGUGGUGCCCGACGCCGGGCUCGUCCUUCGACCGGACGACGCUGCUCUGCGAGGCCAUUGCGCGCCGCCUCUUCCCGCGAGACUCGAGCCCCGACUACGCCGGCCUGCCGGAGGAGCACUACGCCUACCGCGUGCUCCACCGCCUCCGCCGCGAGGCUCUGGUGCCGCUCUGCCGGGCCCUGGAGCUCCCCGAGGUGUACAUGAGCGCCCAGCGGUGGUCCGAGCUGCCCUACACGCGCGUGGCCUCGGUGGCCAUGAGGCGCUACAAGGCCCUCUUCAAGAAGCACGACCAGGCGCGCUUCGGCAAGUACCUCGAUGACGUGGAGGCCGGCAAGGCCAAGGUCGCCGCCGGCGCGCUCCUGCCGCACGAGAUCGCCGGCCCGGCCUACAAGGACCAGGACGACGAGGUGUCGGAGCUGCAGUGGCGCCGCAUGGUGGAGGACCUCCGCGACAAGGGCUCGCUGAGCAAAUGCAUCGCCGUCUGCGACGUGUCCGGGAGCAUGACCGGCACGCCGAUGGAGGUGUGCGUCGCGCUGGGCCUGCUCAUCUCGGAGCUCAGCGAGCAGCCAUGGGCGGGCAGGGUGAUCACCUUCAGCUCGGACCCGAAGAUCCACGCCAUCAAAGGCGACACCCUCCGGCAGAAGCUGAGCUUCGUCGAGAGCAUGGGCUGGGGCUGCCACACCAACUUCCAGGCCGUGUUCGACCGCAUCCUCCGCACGGCGACCGACGCCCGGCUGGCGCCGGAGAAGAUGAUCAGGACCGUCUUCGUGUUCAGCGACAUGGAGUUCGACAUGGCGUCGGCGCGCCCCUGGGAGACCGACUACCAGGCCAUCCGCCGCAAGUUCCGGGACGCCGGGUACGGCGGCGUGGUGCCGCGGAUCGUGUUCUGGAACCUGAGGGACUCGCUCUCGACGCCGGUGACGUCCAAGCAGCCGGGCGUCGCGAUGGUGAGCGGCUUCUCCAAGAACCUCGUCAAGCUGUUCCUGGAGAACGACGGCGUCGUGAACGCGGAGGCCAUGAUGACUGCGGCGAUCGCUGGGGAGGAGUACCAGAAACUUGCCAUCUUUGACUGA